GUGUGGUUAGCGCUCCUGGUGGUCGUGGCAACAGCCUCUGUGGUGCAGGCGCAGUUCAGGUUCCCCUUGCCUUCGCCUCCAAGAAUUCUCUUCGGUGGCUUCAGACCUCUGUUCUCCAGGCCACGCCCUCGGCCACGCCCACGUCCUCCUGUCCUUGUCCCAGCGAAUCAGUUCCUCCAGCAGCAGAGGUUUCGUCUUUGCCUUGGGAGAAAUGGGAGAUUGCAUCGUUGUCACAGAUUUAGGACGGAGAACCAAAUAUUCCUCCCACCUAGUCCCCCAGUGAGCAACUCUGUGCAGUUCCGGCCUCCUCCACCACCAUCUCCAUCUCCAUCUCCAAUCAAUGAUGGAAGGAACUUUGGAUCUCCCAAGCCUGAUUCCCUCCUGCUGCAGCCCCCACCACAAACCUUCAGACCAUCACAACCUGCAUCUCAGCCACAGACAGUGCAGCCAUUCCCUGCACCGAUACCUGGUCAGAAUUCAAACAAUAUCAUUGGAAUGACCCCACCUCCCCCACCAGCACCACCAGCUCUUGCACCUCCAGCACCCCGUCCAACCCCAGCAAGACCUCCACCACCACCCAUUACUCGCCCACCAACCACACCACAGCCUGUAACUCCACGACCAGUGAUACCUGUUGCUCCUGUGUCAAACUCUUUAGACAACCUUUUGGUGAAUCCUGUUCCAUCUGUAAAUGCUGGAGUCCUGCCUCUUGCCAAUGAACAGCCAUCAGAGGACCAAAAGUUCCCUCCUUUUGUCUAA